AUGGCUGGCUCCUCGGACCACGGGCCAGUUGGUCGGUGUUCGUUCCCUCCAGCCGUCCAUGGCAGCAUCCAGUGGCAGCAUCGCCGCCCCCAAAUCGACGCCCAAAUCCCCCGUGCCCUCCAUCAGAUCGCAGCCGCCGCCGCCGCCCCCAACCAUACCAUGGCCGCCCCCCACGGUACCAGCCCUCCCCCCACGGCGCGACCACCCUCAACCAUCCCACCGUCGCCCUCCACCCCGAGCAGUGCCGUUGUCGCCCCCAACCACUCCGGAGCGGUGCCACCAACCAGUCCAGAUCGCAGCCGCCUUCGUCCCCCCACCGCCGCCCCAACCAUCCCACCGUCGCCCUCCACCCCGAGCAGUGUCGUCGUCGCCCCCAACCACUCUGGAGCAGUGCCGCCAACCAGUCCAGAUCGCGGCCGCCUUCGUCCCCCUACCACGCCCCCAUUCCAGAUUGCGAGCUUCCUCCUCCGUCCUCCCCACAAGCUUAACCCGAGCACCAAGCAGGUCCGCCUCCUGUACGUCCUCCACCAGAAGCAGCAGAGCGUCGGUACAUCUUCUCCCGCGAGCACCUCUGCCUCCUGAACAUCUUUUCUCUGAAUAGCGCUGCCUCCUCUACUUCGUUGCUCCAAUUGUGAGAAUUUGACAGGUGAGAUUUCUUAAAUCAGUAAAGAAAAGCCUACUUUUGAAGCAACUCGAGGCAUGCCUUGUGACAGUAUUGAAGAACAUGAGGUGUGUAGCUCUGAAGUAUCAGUUAAUUGGUUGUAUCUGCAUGCCAUGUCUCUAAGACUGGCGAAACAGUCUUAUUUGUUCUGUAAUGGUCGUAUGCAUCUCCUCCAGUGGCACCAUGCAAUACCUGUUAAAUCUAUGAGAUGACCUAACUAAGUUUACCCUUUAUGAUUUUCAUAUUUAUAGCAAUGGAUUUUUUAGAUUGAUUAAAGUUAACAUAUUAUAGUUUAAGUCGGUUUUCACCAAAAUAGUAGAAUUAUGUGUUCUACUGUGCACAUCAUAAUAUUUAGAUUUGUAUAUGCCUGCAACUACAUUGACUUUGUCAAAAAAUAUUCUAGAUGAUACCCCGCACGUUCCUGCGGGACACUUAGUUGACCUUAGGUUUUUCUUAUGAAAGAAAGAUCGAAAUGCUAAGCUGGUACUGAGAAUUCAAGAGCAACAACAUGACAACAAAGAGUAAUUUGUCCAUUGGUAAUAUAGUAGGUUUUCUUAAACUGUGGACAUAGUGUAUGUCAACCUACUGGAUUAACAAUGCUGAGCUCACCGAGAUAUUAUCUUAAUUAUCUAACAGAGUGAACUAUAUUAUUUGGUAUUGCACUAUAUAGUAAUAGGCUAGGGGGUAAUAAAGGGCGAAAAACAGUGCGUCCAGCAAAAUUGUAGGAAGCAAGUAGAUAAGUACAUUAUAUUUUUAAAGGUAAAAAUCUAAGAAUGAUGUACACCUUCUUUUAUCCUAAGGUGAGUAACUAACAUUAUGUGACAAAACUGAAAAACAGGUCACCCUUACUGGAUGGCAGAACACAUCUUCUUAUUAGUACAAUGGUUCUUGUUCUCAUGUAUAUUUUAUUUCUUUUUUGAUAUUUGCUCAUUCCAUACAGUCAAAACGUAUGUGUAGAUAUUCUACUCAUUCUGGUUCGUGCCGCUAAUUAGGUAAGGUCUUCUUUUAUGAGCUCUUAUAGUGUUGUAAGAUUGAACGUUCAAGAUACUAGAAUUCAGUACAGAUCUAUAACAUUAUUUGAAAAACGAACUUCUAAUCUGCAGUAGAGUUGUAUCUAGUAGAGUUUGGAAUUUCUUGAUUAAUUUUCUAUAUAUUUCAUUACAAUGGUUACAGGUUGAUCUUUACUUGCAAUCUUCCUUGCUCCAAGUUCGCUCGCCGCCACUGUCUCUUCAGCUCCCCGCCACGACGAACGGGGCAUGCCGCUGCCUCUUCAACUCCCUACCAUGAUGAACGAGAAACUGAUAUGAAUCUUCACCUUCGCUGUGACACUGGCGGACCACCACUGUUGUUUGGCUCACGAUGUUUGGUCACCAAACCUAAAGCUUGGACUGGAGCAGACUUGAUUUCUUUGAUGAGGUAGCUAGAAAUCAUCGUGAUAUGUGAAUCAUACAAACUACCAUGUUCAUAUAGGCGACAUGCCGACAGCUGGACUAAUUUCAUGUGCAUCUUUCAUCUGUGUAGAUUUUUGUAUAGAAGUUCACGGGGGUUUCGAAGAUCUUCAAGCUGCUGAAGAUUUGGGAGAUUUGGAAGAUCUACAAGCUGUUGAAGAUGUGGUAGAGUGGUUAUAUAAUAUGCUUUGUUUGUGGAACCUGUACACUUGCUCUCUUCAUUUGGAAGGUUGUUAAGCCACUAUAUGCUAAUUUUGGUUGUGUGGCACCCUAGAAAUAUGUGUACUCCUUUUGUGACACAUUUAAAAACAUAUAUGUACUGUACAUUUUGUGGCACAACCUGUUUAUAUAUAUAUAGUUGGUGUGUUAAUUUCUUGAA